CAGCUCUUAUAAACACACAGCCAGGAGCAGCUCCGGCUGACCACUGGGUUUACCGCUCAUCUGACCACACAAUGAUCGUGUUGUCGCCGGACGGCUACCUGACCGUACCGCCGGACAUCGGGCUGAGAUGUACCUGGAACAUCACAAUUCAUUCAUGCCUCGCUUGUUCUUGCACGUGUGUGUGCGCUUAUGUGUUUGUGUGCACUUAUGUGUGAAGAAGUGUGUGUUGUUUAUUCAAGUUCAAGUUCUUUAUUUGUCAAAUGCAGAACAAAAACAAGCAGCAGCAGCCAUUGCUGUUUAUUCAACUUGUGUGUUCCAAGCUCUCCUCAGUAAUGCAAGAGACACACGUCAAAUGUUAAAGUAAAAAGUAUUAUCAAAGAAGUAACAAGAGCAUUGAUAAAAGGAUAUAAAAAACCCACUAUAAAUAGUGUGUGUGAACAUGAAGGCGUGUGCCUUCAAGUGCAUUUGUGGGUGUAUGUGUGUGUUUGGGUUUGUGUCUGUGUGCACGUUUGGGCACCCUAUAGGGCUGUUGGCAGAGAGAUAUAAGAGAUGUUCUCCAUUAUAUAUCUCUUAUCAUUGUUAUGGAAAUAUAUCCUUCCUUAUUAAGACAAAAGGAUAAUGGAUUAGGCAGAAUGAAUACAGUUAUUGUUUUUGAUUUUUUGUUUAGAGCUAUGAUGGCAAGUCAAAUAAGAAUGUCAAGUAUGCAUGUGUGUGUGCGUGCGUGCGUGCGUGCGUGUGUGCGUGCGUGCGCGCGUGUGUGUGUGUGUUAUCCUCUGGUAUUUAAGUGAUUCAAACAUUACAUAUUAUGGCAACCAACCAAAGAAACUUGAUUGAUUCUUUAAUUCAGAUGUCAAUUUACAUCCACAUUAUUUACAUUCAGUUUACAUUCCAGAUCCAAACGUCAUCCAUGCAGUUAAUGGAAUGUACCUCUUGUGCAUAUCAUUCAAUAUAUACAAACCGAGUGUAGGCCCCUGUUACCAGCUGUACUGAAUGUUCAAGGCGUUAUAAAGAACAGCAUGACUAAACCGUCUCCAAAUAAUCUCAAAUGUCCUCCCAUGCAGGUUUCUAAUAUGAGAUCCCUUUUUACUGUAGAGGUGUUACACACACACACACACACACACACACACACACACACACACACACACACACACACACACACACACAGAAGGCUCAAGCCUCCCUAUUGGAUACUCUCUAUCUGUGAUGUCAUCUGGGAAUGGCCUAUAAGAAGGACCUAUUGCUCAACAGCUCAUAAAGGGCGAGCACAGUGCUGAAAGAACAUGUCUGAGUUUUUGUGGGUGUGUGUCUGUGGCUGUAAGUGUGUGUGCAUGUGUGUUUGUGCGUGUGUUUGUGCGUGUGUUUGAAGAACAGUUCCCACGCCUGACUCUGCGAUCUGAAGCGUAGCAGAACGGGAGCUGUGACCGAGGGGCUCUCCUCAGACAACCCUGGAGAAGGCAGGGAGAGAGACGUUGUAGGAAUCCUUCACAGCAGAGCAGGUGGAAGUAGGGUCGCAGUGGAGACCAGCCGUAUGUUCCCGGACUUCUAACAUGCAUGCUCAGUGUGUCUCCUGGAGGUGGAUGCAGAGUUCACAGGAAAGCAAAAAAUUCAUUGAAGGAAGAAGCUAGAGUGAGAUUGAAUUCCCAUUACAUUUGCAGUGAUGGAGAGUACCUCUGCUUUACCUUUGACCUACCAAUCACAAUACACCAAUUCCUCCCAUCGUAACGGGUCCGGACCAGCAAAGUACACGGAGGCAGAGAUAGUUCUACUGGGAGCUGUCUUGUCAGUUCUAGUGCUGGCCAUAGUCCUUGGGAACGUGUUGGUGAUCACGGCCAUCCUGCGCUUCCCGCGGCUGCAGACCACCACCAACCUGUUCAUCGCCUCGCUGGCGGCGGCCGACCUCAUCAUGGGCGUGGUGGUGGUACCCUUCGGCUCCGGCUACGUCCUGCUGGGCGUCUGGCGCUUCGGCACCCUGUUCUGCGAGCUGUGGACGGCGUCCGACGUGCUGUGCGUCACGGCCAGCAUCGAGACGCUGUGCGUGAUCGCUCUGGACCGCUACCUGGCCAUCACCUCACCCCUGCGCUACCCCAUGCUGCUCACCAGGCGCCGGGCCCUGGGCGUGGUGCUGGGGGUCUGGGUGGUGGCCUUCCUUAUCUCCUUCCUGCCCAUCCACAUGGAGUGGUGGGUCUCGGAGGGGGCCGAGGCCAGGCGCUGCCUCCAGGACCCCAGCUGCUGCGACUUCAACACCAACAUGGCGUACGCCGUCUCCUCCUCCAUGGUGUCCUUCUACCUGCCCCUGCUGGUCAUGAUCUUCACGUACGCGAGGGUCUUCCAGGAGGCCCGCAGACAGCUGGCCCAGAUCCGGGGCCGGCAGCAGCGCUUCAGCCACCUGCGCCGCGUCUCCACCGCCGCCGAGUCUCUGCGGAAGGCCGCCGCCGUGGAGUCCAGGAGGUGUGAGGAGGUAGAGGAAGAGGAAGAGGAGGAGGAGGAGGAAGAGGAGGAGGAGGAAGGGGAGGAGGGGGAGGAAGAGGAACAUGUGAGCAACACGUGCGAGUGGCAGGCAAGGGCCAGAGGAGGAGGGGUGAAGGAAGGAGGGGGAAAGGCACUCAUGAACGGACGUGGCGGACACGGAGAGGCGUUGACCUCCAAAACAGACAAGGGCGGGGCUAAGAUUCUGGCCCCGAGACGCCAUAAGUUCUCACUGAAGGAACACAAGGCAGUGAAGACUCUGGGGAUUAUAAUGGGCACCUUCACGCUUUGCUGGCUGCCCUUCUUCAUCCUCAACAUCCUCAUGACCUUCCUUGACCUGGGGAACGUGUGGAUCCCCUACAGGCUCCUCAACUGGCUGGGCUACUCCAACUCAGCCUUCAACCCCCUCAUCUACUGCCGCAGCGCCGACUUCAGGCACGCCUUCCAGGAGAUCCUGUGCCUCAGGCGGGGCAGGAGGGGCGUCGCUGCGCGGAGGUGAUUGGACGGCUGAGAGAGGGGUGGUGGGGUUCAGUGGCGGCUGUCGUCCCCUGCACCUCUGGUAGGGGAGAGACUGGAAACCCCCCCAUUUCUAUUAAGCUCUGAUUCUGAGAUUACAUGAAUGACACAAACCAGACAAUUUACAGGAGCGCAGUCGUAGUUCGCCAUCUUUGGGUUUGUUUCUCAAGCCGUUUUCUCUGAUCACAUGACGGACAGACCGCACUCUGAUAAGCUCUGAAUAUUUUGCUACUUCCGUUUGUAUUUGUAUGGCUUGAAUUUUCUGACUUGUAUUUUCACCACUUGGAUAUGGGUGAUCAUAUUUUGAAUAUCUGAAACUUGAUUUGUUAGUUUAAAUAAGUUAACAUUGUGUUUCUGAAAUGGAAAAACUUGAAAGGCCAUAUUCUAAUUUCAAAGAGGUGAAUUAACCUUGUUUUCAAAGUAUAAUAAUUCAACGCUAUGAAUUCAAAGGUGGUUACAUUAACAUAAACAAAUGCAAUGGCUUUUAAAACAUUUUCCAUGCUUCCCCACUUUGAAUAGAUUGUUCCCAGUUACUUUGUUCAGUCAUUACCGUAACUAUUGAAUUUGUCGCCAGUGUUCAAAGAGUUAUGAUGCAGUCCAUGAGUAAACCACGCUCAACUGUC